GUGCCAUAGCUCGUCUCCAAAGCUCAGGGGGGCAAAGGUCUUGGUGAAUUGGAUCGUGAAUGGGCAAAGUAUUUUUGUUCAGAUUCUUUUCUUUUUAAGCUGACCAAGAUAUGCUUUCAUUAUAUGGGCAAUACCGAUCUAAUUUAGUGGAUCGGAUGUAGCAAAAGCUUCGGUUGGAGCUCGGUAACUAAGGAUGUUGAAACUGUAUUCGGGGGGGGGGGGGGGGGGGGGGGGGGGGGGGGGCGUAGCGUAACAUUAGGGGUUGGAGCUCGGUAACUAAGGAGGUUGGUUGACCAAUUCGAACUCCAAGUUAUUAUCUGAAGCACUCAAAAUAAUACUACAAAAAAAAAAUAAUAAUAAUGCAAGGCUGGAACUAGCUUCUAUUUUGGAUGGCGUUUCUCUAUGGAUCUUGUUCUUAUAAACUUCCUAAAGAGCAUGCUGAAGUUGACCAUUUGUCCCGGCUAAUGGAACUUAAAAAAUAAAUUAGAUACUUAAUCUUUUAUAUGAUAAAGUUUAGGUGUCAAACUAUAAUUUAUAUAUGGGUAUGGAUAUAAAUUCAAAUUUAUAGACAAAAAACCAAAGCUAACCCAAAUGAAUGUGUAUGGUACAUACCUAUCAAACUCUGUCCAUUUACCUUUGCAUUUCAUAUCCAACUUAAUUGGAAUGGGUAAGUAAUGUAUUUAUGUAAAAUUGCCAUGAGGGGCCAUAGAUUCCAGUGCCACCGUCUUGAAACAGGCAAGAGGCCAAGCAGUUUGUACAUAGAAUGUUUGAUUUUCUGAAUUCUAGUUGGGUGCCAAGGCUGCACCCGCGAGCCCCCAUUAGUAUCCAUCAAGCAAUACUAGAGGGCAGUGACGCAAAGGUGGCUAAAUUGAUGGUACAAGGGGGUGGCCGUUGGUGUGAUGACCGGCUCACUCUGAUGUUCCUUCCAGAUAUUAUUUGUGCCAUAAGGGCGAUUACCUUACCUCAGAUGAAAAUUGAAGACGCCCUGAUAUGGCAUGAUACGCGUGAUGUUCAUAGUCAAAUCUGCCCACCAUUUGGCAGUUCUGGCUGAUCGACAAAGAGUUUUUGGCGUCAAUUUGCCACCUAGAUGGAUAGAACCAGUUGCAUUCGAGUAUGAGAACUACAUAUUCCUCCCAAACUAAAAGUUUUCUCUGGCAAAUUUUCCUCCACAUUCUCCUUACUAUGGAGGCUCUGAUUGAGAAGAAGGUUCAAGUACUACCUAGACGUCAUGUUUGUUGGGCACAUUUCGAGACAAUGGAGCACCUCUGUCGAGAGUGGCCAAUUGCGAGGGCCAUUUGGGAUAAUUCCGGCUUAGAGAAUCUUGGCCAAGGUCUUCCUCGCCAAACAUUCCUUUGCUUUUAAAGAAAUUGUUGGCCCUCCUCCAUCAAUCCCAUCAAAGCAUGGUCGUUGUAGUAGUGCUCUGGAAUCUGGGAGUUGACCACACACACACACACACACACACGCACGCAGAUUCCAGAGCACUACUACAACGACUAUGCUUUGAUGGGAUUGAUGGAGGAGGGCCAACAAUUUCUUUGAGCGAUCUACCUGGAUGAGGAGAUUACUUGGUGCUGGUGGUGGUGGUGGCUGGACUGAGCGCUGGAGCGCUGGACGCCGGCGGCGGCCGGGUGCUCGAGCAGGUGACUGCUCUGCUGGUGGUGGGACCUUAGGGUCAGGCUCCACUAGAGCCGGGGCAGCUGCUGCUCUAAUGACUCCGGAUGGUUGGAGUCCCUCGAGGUACUCCACUCCUCGCUCUUCCUGGAGUACCAACUUUUGGUUGUACAGUGUCUCCACUAGGAAAGGAGUCGUCCUCCCGACGCUGGUGCACCGAGCCAAAUCCACCUGGAAGUGCUGGGCCAUCCUCGUGAUGAGGCCCCCAUAUGUAUGGUGUCCACUCUGUUCCGCCCCAGGCACCGGGCGAAAGAAGUGGUGAUCAACGAUCCCGGAUGGUGCACCGCAAAUUUUUUUCAAAUUUUAUCAAACUAUCUAUGGAAAGAGUGCCUUGGUCACUUAUUAUAGCUCAAUGGCUCCUAAUCGCGAGAAGAGUUUGUGAAGGGACUUUCCCACAAGUCUCACAUUGUUUGUAGGGAGAGCUUUUGCUUCUACUCAUUUGGAGACAUAAUCAAUAGCCACAAAAAUGUAUUUGUGGCCAAAGGAAGAUGGGAAAGGGCGCAUGAAAUCAAUGCCCCAAACAUAAAAAUUUUGACUGGUGGGAUCUUUAAUUGCUGGAUUUCAUCCUCCAGGUGGAGUUUCCAAGACGUUGCCAGGCGUCACAAGACUUAGCCAUUAUGUCGCAGUCAUGAUAGAUUGUUGACAUGUAAAAGCAACAUUGGAGUACUUAGUAUGAUUUUCGGGGACCACUAUGAUGCCCUCAUGGCAGUGGUCGAUAAUGUCCUUGCCCUUAGUCAACGAAACACAUAUCCGUAUCAUGUUAUCAGGGCCGAUCCUAAAAAGGUAUGGAUCGUCCCAUAAGUAGAAUUUGGAUUCAUUGAGAAGUGUUUCCUCUCCUUGUAUGAGAGAUUGAGAGGCAUGGUUCCCGUGGCUUAGUAGUUGUCCAUGUCAAUGACCAGGGGACUUCUUCAUCCUCGAUUUCGUCCAGAAAGAGUGGCUCAUCUAGGAAUGUGUCCUUUAUUUUCACAUCAUCCAGAGGAUCAAAGUGCAUAUAUUUCCCAUCAUUAGUGUCAUAAUACCUUAUAUUUGUGCUAUGAGUGCUUUAAGUGUGUUCUAGAAACCCUAGGAUUGUUUUUACACAAUUGAUAUGCUUUGUACCAUUUUGCGAAUAUGACUCUUGGAGAAAAACCAUAGCCUCCUUCUCCUUAUCUUCCUUGUUUAAAAGACGAGCUGAAAGGAAGAGAGCGGGGAGAGACCAUUUGAGUGAGAAAGGCUUCUUCAGAUUUUGGAGAGAGAAAGACGAACCAAAGGAGAAGGAGGCUAGGGUUUUGCUCCAUGAGUGGAUUUUGGAAGAUUCUCCCCAAGAGAAGUUCAGCACAAGUGCCAAGAAGAUUGGAAGCCUCCUUCGUGAUGGUUUCUACCUCUUCCCCUUGUGUUUCUCCCAUUUCUAGCAUGAAGUAGAUUUCUUUAUCACUUGGGUGUUGUGAAACCCUAGCUAGCUACCAUGUAGUUUUCUGUUAUGUGAAUUGAAUGAUUGUUUAUGGGUGUUGUUUAAUUUAAUGAUUGAGGUAUUAUUCAUGUAAAUUGAAUGUUUGUGCUUAGCAAUCUAAGGGUUGUGCCUGUUUGUGCUUAGCACCACUACCACAAGCAGCAUCAGCAGCACCAUCAGGUGCCAGCCCUUCCACUUCUAGGGUGCACCUCGUGGAGAGGAUGGACCGUCUUGAGACUCACGUUGUGAGAGUCACUUCUCGGCUUGACAGACACACCGACCUGCUUGAGCGGAUAGCUCGUCGUCAGCGCCCCCUUCUAGAUGAUGAGUCGGGGCCUUCGACUCAGUGAGAGGUAGCCGACGAGUGAGACAUGUGACAAAGCCGAUUCAUUUCGCCCCACAUCUCCACUUGGAACUUUGAACUCUUUUGUUUUAUUCUUCUUUCUUCUAUUUAGUAUGUGUGAACAACUACUACUAUCGUGUUAGUUUGUGUAAUAACCUCGCCUCGAGCAA